AAAUACGACCUCGAGUAGGGUAGUUUCUUUUCGCUCUCAACAGAACAUUUACCGCAUUUCUGUCUGGAGCCAGACCCUCGAAGUUGGAAUCCAUGGCUAAGUCCUCGAAAUAUGAGGAAUCGACGGAGGAAUCUCUGUCCAACGGCUCAAAUUCGUCCGAGGAAGAGCAAAUCAACGGCCAGUUCAACGCAGAGGACGACGACGAGGAGGAGAUCGAGGCUGUGGCCAGGACGACGGCCGAAGACGUGGACAACGACGAGGACGCCGAUGACGACGCCGACGGAGACGACGACCAGGAGGAAGAAGAAGACGACGAGGAUGAGAAGGUGGUGAUUAGUAGUGAAAUUGGAAAGCGUGAGAAGGCUAGACUAAAAGAAAUGCAGAGGUUAAAGAAACAGAAGAUUCAAGAAAUUCUUGAAGCUCAAAAUGCUGCCAUUGAUGCUGAUAUGAACAACAAGGGAAAGGGGCGGCUGAAGUAUCUCCUGCAGCAGACAGAGAUAUUUGCUCAUUUUGCUAAGGGUGACCAGUCUGCAUCUAAGAAUAAGACCAAGGGGAGGGGCCGUCAUGCUUCAAAGAUUACUGAAGAGGAAGAAGAUGAAGAAUAUCUCAAGGAGGAAGAAGAUGGUCUCUCUGGAAACACACGGCUGGUGGCUCAACCCUCUUGUAUUCAAGGAAAGAUGAGGGAUUACCAACUUGCUGGAUUAAACUGGCUCAUCCGAUUGUACGAAAAUGGCAUAAAUGGAAUUCUUGCAGAUGAAAUGGGUCUUGGUAAAACAUUGCAAACUAUCUCUUUGUUGGGCUACCUGCAUGAAUUCAGAGGAAUAACUGGUCCUCACAUGGUUGUUGCUCCAAAAUCUACACUUGGCAACUGGAUGAAUGAAAUAAAACGUUUUUGUCCAGUUCUGCGAGCCAUAAAGUUUCUUGGAAAUCCUGAUGAAAGGAAGCAUAUACGGGAAAAUCUGCUGGUUGCUGGAAAGUUUGAUGUUUGUGUCACCAGUUUUGAAAUGGCAAUUAAAGAGAAAUCUGCCCUGCGCCAGUUUAGUUGGCGCUAUAUUAUAAUUGAUGAAGCUCAUCGAAUCAAGAAUGAGAAUUCACUUCUUUCAAAGACAAUGAGACUAUACAAGACUAAUUAUCGCCUCCUUAUUACGGGUACUCCGCUGCAGAAUAAUCUUCAUGAACUAUGGUCUCUUCUCAAUUUUCUUCUGCCAGAGAUAUUCAGCUCAUCUGAGACUUUUGAUCAAUGGUUCCAAAUAUCUGGUGAUAAUGACCAGCAGGAGGUUGUUCAACAACUUCAUAAGGUUCUCCGACCAUUCCUUCUCCGAAGGUUGAAAUCAGAUGUUGAGAAAGGUUUGCCUCCCAAGAAGGAAACAAUACUUAAAGUUGGUAUGUCCCAAAUGCAGAAACAGUAUUAUAAGGCAUUAUUGCAAAAAGAUCUUGAGGUUAUAAAUGCUGGUGGUGAGCGCAAGCGUCUUCUGAACAUAGCAAUGCAGCUGCGUAAAUGUUGUAAUCACCCAUAUCUUUUUCAAGGUGCUGAACCUGGUCCUCCAUAUACUACUGGAGAGCAUCUCAUUACUAAUUCAGGAAAAAUGGUUCUUCUUGAUAAGUUGCUCCGGAAACUCAAAGAGCGUGACUCAAGGGUGCUAAUAUUCUCACAGAUGACAAGGCUGCUAGACAUCCUGGAAGAUUAUUUAAUGUUUUGUGGGUACCAGUACUGUCGGAUUGAUGGCAAUACUGGUGGAGAAGAUCGUGAUGCUUCAAUUGAUGCCUUCAAUAAGCCAGGAAGUGAGAAAUUUGUCUUCUUAUUAUCGACCAGGGCUGGAGGUCUUGGGAUCAAUCUUGCUACUGCGGAUAUUGUCAUUCUUUAUGACAGUGAUUGGAAUCCACAAGUUGAUUUGCAGGCUCAGGAUCGUGCUCAUAGGAUUGGGCAAAAGAAAGAAGUUCAAGUGUUCCGUUUUUGUACUGAGUACACAAUUGAGGAAAAAGUGAUUGAGAGAGCUUAUAAAAAGCUUGCUCUUGAUGCUUUGGUGAUCCAACAAGGGCGAUUAGCAGAGCAGAAGACUGUUAACAAAGAUGAGCUCCUUCAAAUGGUGAGAUUUGGUGCUGAAAUGGUUUUCAGUUCCAAGGAUAGCACAAUUACUGAUGAGGAUAUAGAUCGGAUUAUUGCCAAAGGAGAAGAGGCAACAGCUGAGCUUGAUGCUAAGAUGAAGAAAUUCACAGAAGAUGCAAUCAAAUUCAAAAUGGAUGACACUGCUGAUCUGUAUGAUUUUGAUGAUGAAAAGGAUGAGAACAAGUUAGACUUCAAGAAAAUUGUCAGUGAGAAUUGGAUUGAACCACCAAAAAGAGAGAGGAAGCGCAAUUACUCAGAAUCUGAAUACUUCAAGCAAACAAUGCGCCAAAGUGGUCCAGCCAGACCAAGAGAGCCUCGAAUUCCACGCAUGCCCCAGUUGCAUGAUUUCCAGUUUUUCAAUACACAGAGGCUAAAUGAACUUUAUGAAAAAGAAGUACGCUUUCUCAUGCAAACACAUCAGAAGAACCAGUUAAAGGAUACCAUAGAUGUGGAUGAGCCAGAAGAGUUGGGAGACCCAUUAACUGCAGAAGAGCAGGACGAAAAGGAGCAGUUGUUAGAAGAGGGAUUCUCUUCAUGGACUAGAAGAGAUUUUAAUACUUUCAUUAGGGCCUGUGAGAAAUACGGUCGUAGUGAUGUAAAAAGUAUAGCUUCUGAAAUGGAAGGUAAAACAGAGGAGGAAGUCGAAAGAUAUGCCAAAGUUUUCAAAGAAAGAUACAAAGAGUUAAACGAUUAUGACAGGAUCAUCAAGAACAUUGAAAGAGGGGAGGCUAGAAUUUCUCGCAAGGAUGAGAUCAUGAAAGCAAUUGGGAAGAAAUUGGAUAGAUACAAGAACCCAUGGCUUGAAUUGAAGAUACAGUAUGGUCAGAACAAAGGGAAGCUAUAUAAUGAAGAAUGUGAUCGGUUCAUGAUUUGCAUGGUUCAUAAGCUUGGCUAUGGGAACUGGGAUGAGCUGAAGGCUGCAUUCCGAACAUCACCUUUGUUCCGUUUUGAUUGGUUUGUGAAGUCUCGAACAACUCAAGAGCUUGCAAGGAGAUGUGACACCCUCAUUCGAUUGGUGGAGAGGGAAAACCAAGAAUAUGAUGAAAGAGAGAGACAGGCCCGUAAAGAGAAGAAGCUUGCAAAGAACAUGACUCCGUCGAAGCGGGCGCUAGCAAGGCAGGCAGCGGAGAGCCCACCUCCAACAUUAAAGAAGAAGAAACAGUUGUUGAUGGAUGAUUACGUCAGCUCAGGGAAAAGGAAGAAAUGAUGUGGAAAUAUAAAAGCUAACGUGCUGGUUGUGGUUGAUCAAGAAUUGUUAUGGGCAAGGAUUUGAUCUUUGUUUGGUACGAUGUUGGGGUAAUAUGCUAAUGCCAGUUGGUUUUUUGCUUUUAUUGCAGAAAAGGAAAUAUGUAUGUAGAUUAUUACAAUGUGGGUAUAGAUUUUUGGGGAAGUUGUAUAAAUGAGUAGGACUUUUGGGAAACCGUCUUCGGGGACAUGGAUGGCCUGGCGGGCCGUUUUUGGUGAAUAUUCUGCUUUGACUCGUCUCUAUUUAGUUCUUGAGAUGAGAACAUUGAGGAAUUAAUUAUGCAGUGGCCUAACCUUCAAAAUGGAGUUGUGCUAAUCUUGUUUCUUCUUGAGAACAGAAGCGUGAAAGUGAAACCAAUUUGUUUGGUACUCUUAUCCUCCCUGGACCUUCA